AAUAAGUCGGGAGAGGGGACGGAGUCGAGCAGGUGGUAGAGACUACUCAAUACCGUGAACAGAAGAAUGACAGCUUCCCCAACGACGCCGUUGGGAGCUCCGACCACUACAAGCAUGGCCAGAGUAACGGGAACUCAUCGAACGGUGCUCAUAACCGGAGUGAGCAGAGGUUUAGGUAAAGCCUUAGCUUUAGAAUUAGCGAAGCGCGGGCACACCGUAAUAGGUUGCUCUCGCUCACAGGAUAAACUGAAUUCUCUCCAAGCCGACCUAGCUGCAGUCUCCUCCUCCAAUCCUUCUUCUCCAGCUUCUGCGGUUCAAAACAAACACCUUGUCAUGAAUGUCGACGUGAGGUCUGAUAGCAGUGUUCAAGAUUUGGCACGAAGUGUGGUGGAAAAGAAGAGCAUUCCUGAUAUAAUAGUAAACAAUGCAGGCACUAUUAAUAGGAACAACAAAAUUUGGGAUGUUCCUGUGGAAGAGUUUGAUACGGUCAUUGACACGAAUAUCAAAGGGAUUGCAAACAUGUUGCGCCAUUUUGUUCCCCUUAUGAUUGAGCGUAAGCAAGGAGUAAUUGUUAAUAUGUCAUCUGGAUGGGGAAGAUCUGCUGCUGCACAGGUAGCACCUUAUUGUGCUUCAAAAUGGGCAGUUGAGGGUCUGACAAGGUCAGUAGCCAAGGAGUUGCCUGUUGGAGUGGCUAUUGUUUCACUUAGUCCUGGUGUGAUUAACACUGAUAUGCUUCAAUCCUGCUUUGGCAGUUCAGCUUCUUUCUAUCAGACGCCUGAAGCUUGGGCUCCAAGGGCAGCUACAAUGAUACUUAAUCUGUCGAUGGCUGACAAUGGUGCAUCCCUUACUGUUUGACUUGCAUUUUCUGAGAAGCAUUGGUUGUGCAAAGCUCCGUUGAGAGGGAAGGAGUAGGUCCUCUCCUCCUCUUGUCAUCAUGUAUUUCCGCAGAGCUAGAAACAUUAACCGUCUUAUUGAUGAUAUUCUUUGGUCAAUAGGUCUCAAAAUUCUGGAGGACUUGUAAUCUAAAUCGAGUCUAGUUUAUCUGCUAUAGUGAAAACUAUGUAUAGAGGGUGGGCCGAUUGCCAUCAAACAUCCUCGUUGACAACGGUGAAACAUAUACCACCAGUUUGGUUGUGAGAUUCAAUUCAUAGGUGGCAUGUAAUUUCCUCGUCAACUUGGACUUUGAAUGCUUUAUGAUACCUAUAAAGCUAAAUCACAACUUCAUAAAUUUAA